ACGCGACUCUCACUCUCUCUCUCCCCCUCCCACUCUUUCUCUCAUUCUUUGGAUUGUCAUCACACAUUCUCGUUUUCCUUGUCUCUUGCUGUCACACAAGCGCACGUGCACGGAAUAUGGCAGAGGAGCCUUAUGGAGAAUGUGAGGAUCACGACCCUCAUCCACGAGAGCACGGGCUGAGCCUGCAGAAGCGGCAGGCUCGCGUGACGGUUAAGUAUAACCGAAAGGAGCUGCAGAAGCGGCUGAACGUGGAGAAAUGGCUCGAGGACGCACUGGAGGGACUAUACGUAGGAGCGGAGGACGAAAUGCCAGAAGAAAUUGAUAUUGAUGACCUCUUGGUUCUUCAGAGUGAUGAGCAACGAGCACAAAAACUACAGGAAGUGCUUCAGACCUGUAAGAAUAGCACACAGUCUUUCAUCACUGAAUUGCUUGAAAAGCUGCGCGGUCUACACAAACAGGAAGAACUUCAGAAUGAGGGCCUUGGGCAUCCCUGUCUCCAUGGUUACCCCCAUCAUCAUGGCAAUCCCCAUCACCAUGGAGACCACCAUCAGAACCGAACACACCAGACACUCUAGAUAGUGCUCAGGAGCAGCUGGAUAAAGAGAGUAUUAACAAGUAUUAACAAACUUCACAUGACACACACAGCCACCCACACACACACACGUCUGCCGCCAUUAUUACUAAUCCAAAGAAUGUUUUUACCUACUCAAUAUCUUAAUUUAAUGGUAAAUUCAUUCAGAUUGUACCUUUGUUGCUUAGCAACCAUAUGACUACAAAAGUGCUUCUCCUAUAACCCUGUGCUCAUAGGGGCAAUGUUAAUGCAAAUGUGAUGGUGACAUCACCCAGAAUAACUGUACACUGUGGUGCAGAAUCAAACUGAUUUGUUUUGUGCUACUGCCUUCAAACAUGAUCUGAAUUGGUUGCCUUUCUUCAGUGGGUGCUGGUUAACAGAAGUCUGGUGUUGACUCCCAGCUCUCUGAAAAAGAGGAAAAAAAUUCUGUACAUUAGUCUCAGUUUGUAGUAAGAGACACCUGUAUAAACAUACCACAGACUCAGCGAGGGGACAGGCACCUUCUGGGAUCUGGUGUUCAAUGACUUAUCUUGAAACUGACUAAUUUAUAAUUAGUUCCACAUCACUAUGUUUAGCUCACGUUAAGAGUGUUUGUUUUUAUAUGAGUUCUUACAUCACUAAGUCACCCACAAUACAAGUGCUGUGUCAGUGGAGGUAAACAAAACUAUUAAUGUUGUAUUUAAGUAUUUCAAACAAUAAAGAUCCGAUAUUGACUGAA